GAGAAAGUGUAGUGGACUGACGAUGCGCUGACGACGACGGCGGUGAGCGAGAUGCAUGCGGAGUUGCUUCUCAACUCAACAACUUCAUCUGUUUGAAGGCGGAUGGUGAGGGUGCGAUUAUGCUGCAUGCGUCACAGGUUUGCUGUGACAUCUGCGUGUUCUGUAUGGACCCUCGACCUGGUUAUUGGAAACCCCCCUCCGCCUCCCUCUUCCGCCUCCCCCGGGAUUCGAAUCACUCUAUCCUACUCCCCAACUUCAACAUUCACAAGGUCUAAAAUUCUCUCAAAGAUACCAAAGCUACUAAACCACGUUCUCAACUCCCUCAACCAGCAUAUUCCGAGCGCACAGAUGGUGGGACCCUCCACCUUGAACCACACUCCAGUGUUAAAGUCUCAACUCCUUAAAGCCUUCUCAAUGGUGUCAUUGGCAUUCUAUAAGCCUGCUUCAGCUUCCUCAUUCGCAAACAGACAGCUCGAAUCGAAGACUCACCUCUCCAAGAACUUCGAAAUUCUGUCGUACCCGCCAACUCCUAUUAGUCGUCACUUCUUCUUUUGCAAAGGCAUGUAUCUUCAUGUAGAGUUAUGGGUUCUUGUACCUUGUGGAGUGUCCUUGUAUUCCGCUCUCGUUGGCAGCAUAGAUCGUCGUACCGAGGACGAGGAUGCUGAAGGUGAGGAUCGCAGAAGCGAAGACGAGGACCAUGAAGUUGAAGCAUGAAGCGUGGGGGUUUGAGAUUACAGCAUACUGAUGUGGAGGACAAUUAUAGAAGCUGUGAUGGGAUAGAGGGAGGAGUAGAGAUUCGGAGGCUUAAAUACGGAAUACUGCACUCUAAGAUGUGGAUCGUGGUUGAAUUGAUGGUGUCCCGUGGUCGAGGAAGGGGCGG